GGUCGUGCAGCAUUGCUACCAGGGCAGGGGCGUGUAACUGUGAGUGAGUGUCACAGACGCACACCGUGCCGGCUGAUUUGUUUGAGGAUGGAUAGCAAGCUAGCAGCUUUUAACUUGACUGCGCCGAUUGAAUGCUGAGGAUACACAUCCAUAUGAUGGUUAAUCAAUUACAAUUUUCGCUGGCUAACUAGUUUGGGGAUUUUUUCUUCUACCUAACCAUACAUAGCUACAUUUACACGCAAACUACGCGUUUCCAUCGCAUAACAUUAUCGUUAGCUAGCUAGUAAUACAUCGGCAAGAUAGUGUAGAGAGCUAAUAGUGGGUCAUUUAAAAAAUAGCACUUGUUUCUGUUUAAUCCAUAAUGUAUAAUGUCAUAUACGGAAAUAAACAGUUGUCAAUAAUUCCGCAAAAGCUGUUUUAGCCAAGUUGUUGUGGUCCGGUUUACACUGGCAGGCUAGCUAGUCUGGCAAUCUCACAGUAGGUUUCAGACUGUGAGUGAGUCAGUAGCCAGCAGGAUUUAGCUAGCUAUCUCGCUCACUAUUGGGACGCUCUCCGACUUGCAUGGACUGGAUGAAGCCACAUAGUGACAGCGCAUCUUGAUACCUCCAUGCUGGCGAACUGCGUCACCGAGCGGGCGCUGCAGGUAUUCAGUCCCAACUCUGUCUCCGUGUUGGGAACUCUCUAGCCAUGGCAAACAUUAUCUGGAAACAUCAGUGAUUCAACGUUACAAUCGCAAUGGAACCGGGGGACGAGUCCAAUUCGGAGGCUCCCCUGGGAUUUAAAUAUCCUUCUGUUCCUAACUCGCAGUGUGAACUCAACAUUAAUAUGUAUGAGACUAUCAGCGAUGGAAACGUCAAUAAUAUGGAAACUACGACAGUCGUGAGGGGUGGAAGCGACCCGAGCCCUCCUUCAAAUUAUCAGCGGAGUGUGCGUCAGAGAUUCAUCAGGAGAAGUUUAUGGUUCUCAGACUCAGAUGAGCAGGCCUUUGAGGCUCCCGAAUGUGACAACAGGAAUAAAAUCCUCAACAUAAACCUGCGCACAAUAGUAGACAGGACACGAGGGACACGGUCUGGACUACAGGAGGGCUCAAGCACCGAGAGCCAAGGUGGUCAAAAAGAUAGCGCGACAGAGAGUGCAAGCGCCAACGAUGAGAAAGAAAAAGCUGGAGACAAAUUGGGUGUUGUCUCCAUUGACGGCGGAAAAAACGCUAUCAAAGCAGCAAGCGAUGAGAACGAGGAGGAAGCUGAGAUGAAGGCUGUCUCCACGUCUCCUGGGGGAAGGUUUCUCAAGUUCGAUAUCGAACUCGGGAGAGGGUCCUUCAAGACUGUGUACAAGGGCCUGGAUACUGACACCUGGGUGGAGGUUGCCUGGUGUGAGCUUCAGGACCGGAAACUGACCAAAGUUGAGCGUCAGCGCUUUAAGGAGGAGGCGGAGAUGUUGAAAGGUCUCCAGCACCCAAACAUUGUCCGCUUCUACGAUUUCUGGGAGUCCCCCCUCAAAGGGAAGAAGUGCAUCGUCCUGGUGACGGAACUUAUGACCUCAGGCACGCUGAAGACCUACCUGAAGAGGUUCAAGGUGAUGAAGCCCAAGGUGCUGAGGAGCUGGUGCCGGCAGAUCCUCAAGGGCCUCCACUUCCUGCACACGAGGACCCCGCCCAUCAUCCACCGAGACCUCAAGUGUGACAACAUCUUCAUCACCGGCCCAACCGGCUCCGUCAAGAUCGGAGACCUGGGGUUGGCAACCCUCAAAAGGGCUUCCUUUGCCAAGAGUGUUAUUGGCACCCCAGAGUUCAUGGCUCCAGAGAUGUACGAGGAGCACUAUGACGAGGCAGUGGACGUGUAUGCCUUUGGGAUGUGCAUGCUGGAGAUGGCCACCUCGGAGUACCCCUACUCCGAGUGCCAGAACGCCGCCCAGAUCUACCGCAAAGUCACCAGCGGGGUGAAGCCUGCCAGCUACAACAAGGUUAUGGACCCUGAAAUCAAGGAGAUUAUUGGGGAGUGCAUCUGCCAGAAAAAAGAGGAGCGGUACUCCAUCAAGGACCUGCUGAACCACGCCUUCUUCGCUGAGGACACGGGCGUGAGGGUGGAGCUGGCCGAGGAAGACGACGGGAAGAAGGCGUCCAUCGCUCUGAAGCUGUGGGUGGAGGACCCCAAGAAGCUGAAGGGGAAGUACAAGGAGAGCGGCGCCAUCGAGUUCUCCUUCGACCUGGAGACGGAGGUCCCGGAGGGAGUGGCCCAGGAGAUGGUGGAGUCUGGCUUCUUCCACGAGAGUGACGCCAAGAUUGUCGGGAAGUCCAUCAGGGACCGUGUGGCCUUGAUAAAGUGGAGGAGGGAGAGGACCGUAUCAGCUGGACCGCCGGUGGAGCAGGCGGAGGGGGGGCCUGGGGCCCACGGCGCCCCGCCCCAGGGCACCUCCAGUGGGGUAACACAAGGAAAACAGCCCCCCCUGCAGGAGCCAGAGGAGCCCGAGGCAGACCAGCACGCCCGGCUGUGUAACCUACCAACCAGCACCACCUCUGUCACAUCAGCAGACAGCACCUUUGACAGCGGUCUGGGCUCCACUGUGUACUCUGACUCCCACAGCAGCCAGCACAGUGUCCUCUACCAGUCCCUGCUGGAGCCCAUCUCCAUGGCAACACAGCAGCGCCAGCGCAGCGGCCCGUGCCUGCCCUCUCAGUGGCCCAGGUCAUGUGAGAGGGGCGGGCCGGGGCCCCCCGGUCAGGAGCUCAGGCCGGGGGCGGGGCUGAGCGUGGGGGUGCGUAGAGGCAGCACCUCGGUCAUUGACACGCUGAGGGGCCACCACAUGGCCCACCUCCACACCCUCUUCCAGUCCCAGCACUCUGAGCCCGUCAGCCCCGCCUCGUCGCCAACCGACGACCAAUCAGACACCAGCGCCUCCGAGGGCUACUCCGAGGCAGAAGACGGCUUCCCCUCCCACAGCGCGACGUUUCCCCUUUUGCACCUCUCGCCUCCCACAGUAUCUCGUCGUCAUAGUGACUCCUCCAUGGAGCAGGCGUCGGAGGCCGCGCGUGAGAGCCCAGCUUUGCCCGUUCCCAGGGGGAGGAGACACUCUGACCUGAGCCUGCUCCAUAGCCUCAGCUCCCCCCACCGCCACCAAGCCCCGGCCGUGUCCCACAUGUGCCGGGGCUGCCUCUCCCUGCUCCUGCUGAGGUCACGGGAGGGGGGGUUCCACCCCUCCCCGGUUGCCAUGCCGCCUCAGCUGUGUGCGUGCGCCCACAGGCCCCACCUCCCUGGGGCGACCCCGUCAUGCUCGGGAAGGGUCAAGGCGGGAAGUGACUGCUCAGACUUCUCCCUGUUCCAGAAGUCCCUCCUCAACAUCAUCAACCGCAAGACCGCACCCCUUUUCGCCUCCUCCAACCAGGGCCCCUCCCUGCUCCAGCUGCCCACCACCUACAGGCCUGCUCAUAGCUAUGGAGACGGCAGUCUGAAGGGUCUCCUGCAAGGCAUCAGUCUGGGUGGGGAGACGGCCCCCCCAGCCCGCCCCCAGGACCGCAGGGCCAGUUACUGUGCUGGGGAGCAGCGAGCCACUGGGGCCAUGGCAGUGUCCAGCUCUGCGGUGCUCCAGAACCAUCCAUCGUUCCAGAGCCUGCUGUGCUCCAGCCCGGCCCUGCAGCACCUCCAGCCCGGACACAGCUACCCCUCGGCCCCCCGGCCUGCCCAGCACACCUCCGCCUCAGCCGGCUUCUCAGCAGCAGCAGCCCUCCAGCACGCUGCCCCCACAGCCAGCUACACAGACCCAGCUGCAGCCUGUCACUCUACACCAUACAUUCCUCCUCCACAGACUCAGGCAGCGCAGAGCUACCCGGCUCAGAGCCAGCAGCAGGCGGCUGGGUACUCUGCGGCAGCCUUCCAGCAGCUGCAGGCAGGGGCUAGCUACACAGCGCCGCCAGUCCUGCAGACGGCGUCCGAACAGAGCUUUGUGGCUCCCCCUCUUCGGCAGACUCAGCCUGCAGCGAGCUACCCUCCAAGUUUACAACAGACCACUGCCACGCCCCUCCAACAGUCUGUACCUGCAGCGUGUGUAGCAGCAGCAGCACAGCCUCCGCAUCCAACUGCACAGAGCUUCACCACUCCAGUGGGUUCUGUACAGCAGACACAGAGCUAUGCAUCUGUAGCCUCGACGAUGCGCCCCACCCCACAGCCGUUCCCUGCCCAGGCCUCCGUUGCAGCUACACAGUCUGUAGCCGUAGCCCCAGCCCUAGCCCCAGCCGUAGCCCCAGCCGUAGCCCUAGCCCCAGCCCUAGCCCCAGCCCUAGCCCCAGCCCCAGCCCUAGCCCCAGCCGUAGCCCCAGCCGUAGCCCCAGCCCCAGUCAUACCUCCUUGUCAGCAGCCUGGACCGAGCUCUAGUAAUAUAGCUAACUUUACACCAGUGCAGUACAGCCAACAGACUGGGCAGGUGCCUAUUCAACAGCAGCACAGCCAGAAGAUAGCCCAGGCCACAGUGCAGCACAGCCAUCCGGCUGCACAGACCCAGAUCCAGCAGCAACUCAGCCAGCCCACUGGACAGACCUGUAGUCAACAACCACAACAACAAAUGGGACAGCCUUCUUUUCAACACACCCAAAACAGUCUACAAGCCCAACAGACAGGGCAGGUCUCAGUUCCUCAAGUCAUCCAGCAGGUAGGCCAGCCUCCUGUGCCUCAGAGCUACUCCUCCUCGGCCCCAGUCGCCCUGCCACCACCAACCCUGCAGAGUUACCCCGCGGCCCCCCUAGCAGGGCCACAGAACCCUGGCUCCCAGGGCUAUGCCCCCUCAGCUUCACAUGUUCCCCAGCAGACUGUGCCAGCGGCAGGCUACAUGUGUACACCGCCUGCUGCAGGGGCCCAGAGCUAUCAGCCCCCCCCUGGUCCUCCUCAACAGAUGGCUGCCCCACAGUCCUACCCAGUGAACAAACCUGCUGGUCAUCACCAGAGCUUGCCACCUGCAGCUACUACUGGACAGCACAACCAACCGGCUUCCCUCCCACCUGCCCAACAGUUCCAACCCUAUCUCUACCCUGCAGCUUUCCUGAACCAGAGUCUCCCUCCUGGUCAGAGUGUGCCACAGCAUGGUGCAGGUGGGACAACCCUUGUUCAGAAUGUCUACCAAUCGUCUUCCAGCCUGCCUGCACAAGCCCCUCCCCAGCAUUCAUUGGCUCCGACUGUCCAUCCACAAUUACAACCACUGCAGAUCUCCGCCUCUCUGCCCGCUCCAUGUGGAGCCCAGUUUCCCGCUUCAUAUCCCACCAUCCAGGUGGUGGCUGGGUGUGACUCCUCCUAUCCUCCCCCGUGCCCCCCUUCCCAGCCCUACCCCUCCUCCGCCGCCUCCUCCCUCGCUCCAGCUCUGGCUCCUAUCUACCUUUCUCCUGGCCAGACUCUCCCCCCCUCGGCCUCCCCCCUGUCCCCCCUGCACAUGGACAGUGCUCUUGCUCCCCCGGCCCCUGUGCCCCUCAUCCUCUCCCCCACACCCCAGCUGGCCACGGUGGUGCCCCCCAUGCCACAGCAGCAGCAGGUCUACCCCUCUGCUCUGCUACAGAGCUUUCAAACCGAAGUUCCUCAUCCGCAGCCCGCGCUCAUCCCCGCCCCAUCCACUGCUUUGCAUAUUACACCCCUCACACACCCCAGUCCCGCCCCGCCGCGGUGCACCGUCCCCCAGCCAGCCCCCUUACCUGACCCCAGCUCUCAGCCUCUAAGACAGCAGGUUCAUCAGCAGGCCCAUCCCAGCCACCCAGAUCCUGGCCCCUCAGCCCUCCCCACCCAGCCUGCAGUGUUCCCCUCUCCCAUGCCUGUCGGACAAGACACGACCACUGCAGCAAGCCAGCUGGACCACAACCAGAACCCACACCUGGCCCAGCAUCCGGUCCAUGCCCAGAGCCAGCCUGCAGCGCCGCAGCCCUCUGGCUGCCAGACAUCAUCAUCAUCAUCUGCUGCAGCUGCCAGCAGCAGCCUGACUCCGCAGAACCAGGCCAGUGCUCCCACAGGACAGGCCCCCGCAGAGCCCAACCCGGAGGAUGCCGCAUCGGAGAAACCAGCAUCAGGACAGAGCUACACCCAUGACAGUGUGAACUCAGACGCCACCUCGGGGAAGGAGAUGAGCGACGGCUACGAGGGGACGCACGGCGGGAAGGGCGAAGGAAGGAUCCGGAAGCACCACCGCAGGUCCACGCGCACACGCUCCUCGCGCCAGGAGAAGACCAGCAGGCCCAAACUCAGCAUGCUCAACGUGUGUAACACGGGAGAUAAGAUGGUGGAAUGCCAGCUGGAGACUCACAACCACAAGAUGGUCACCUUCAAGUUUGACCUGGAUGGAGAUGCCCCGGAGGAGAUCGCCACCUACAUGGUGGAGAAUGACUUCAUCCUGCCCCUGGAAAAGGAGAUGUUCAUUGACCAGCUGAAGGACAUUGUGGACAAGGCCGAGGACAUGCUGAGCGAGGACGCCGAGGGGGAGCGGGGCUCCGACCAGGGGAGCAGCCCUCAGCAGAGCCAGGGAGCUGGCCCCCUCGGGGGAGAGUGUGUAAAGUCUGCAACACCCAACUCCCCACAGCUGGUCUACCAGCAGAACGUCCUCCACACUGGCAAGCGCUGGUUCAUCAUCUGCCCCGUGGCUGAGACGCCCACUCCAGACAGAGAACCCAGCCCCGCCCACGCCUCUACAGCCAAGGAAUCAGGAGGUCCUGCCUCAUCUUCAGUCAAGUCCAGCUCCAGCACCCCUCCAGUCCCUGCUCAAGUGUCCUCCACCCCCUCUGCACCUGCAGACUCAGCCCAGCCUCAGGAGCCCCAGGUGGGCAAGGCCAGGGUUCAGCACAUCCAGCCCUCUAUAGCCAAAGCCUCCACUGUUGUCACUGUUGACCGCCACAACUCCCUCUCUGUUGACGAGCCCUGCAUCCCCACAGUCUCCAUGGUAACUGACCUCCCCUGCUGCCCCAUCGUCCCGCCUGUGUCUCUAGAUGUGACCCUGGGCCACAAGGGAGCAGGUGGAGCCUCCUCCGUAACCAAUCAGGAGGCUAGCCCCAGUGGAGAACCACCCCCUCCUCUGGUCUCCCACCAAUCAGUAGUCCUCCAGCAGCCCUAUGCCACCCCCAUCCCGUCUGGCACUGUGACCUCCCAACCCCAGAGUCCAGCCCACCAGGCUGUCCCGGGGUCCUCCCAGCAGCCGGGGGGACCAGGGGGCUCUGGGGGUGGAGGUCCAGGGGAGUCUGACGGAGAGGGCCCCCCCAGAGUUGAGUUUGUGGACCGCACCAUCAAGACCCUGGAUGAGAAGCUGAGGAACCUGCUGUACCAGGAGUACGUCCCCUCUCAGCCCUCAAGCACAGCAUCAGACCCCCAGGGCUCCAGCACAGAUGGGGUGUCUGACUGCCAGGCCACCGGGGAGGGAGGACCGGCCCGCAAGGGAGAGCUGCUGCCUCAGAUUCCCGAGCGUGCAGACAGCCUGGGCCUGAGUGACUCUGCAGUACCUGCCUCUGGCAAGGUUUUGGAUAACGACAACUCCAGCUCACACGACUCAAAUAGCCGUUUUCAGAUCGUCCCCCCCACCCCCCCGGAUGUAGUCCGUCGUCUGGAGAAGACCAGGAGGGGCCGGAGCUCCAGCAGCUCACUAGCACCCUCCAGUGGCUCGGGGGGGUCCCACGCUCCCAACGAGCCGGGGGCCAGGAGGGGCCAGGGCUGUGUGGCCGUCGGCAGGUUCUCAGUGGUGACAGCGGAGGAAGGGCCCGAGGCUGGCCCCAAACCCCACAGUAGCAACCGCUACUCUGCCCCCCCCAACUUCUACCGGGACACCUCCAGUCCUGACUUCACUCCCACCCACAUACCUCGGGCACAAACCAUCGACACCCCCACGCAUUACUCCUUCCGCCUGUACUCUGACUCGGGGGAGGAGGACAGUAGCAGCUUGGCUCCUCCCUCUGCCCAUGACCCACCCCCGGCACACGCCCUCUCCGAGCACAGCGGAAGUGACCUCAUGAAGAGGGCGGUGGCCUUCCUGCGUCGGACUGGCCGCAGCAACAGCACUCCGAGCUCAGACUCACCGAGCCGGCAGCCUGCGGCACUGAACGGCCACGCCCCCUCGCCACCCGGAGGCCACGCUCAGUCGUCGUAUGUCAGUAGUGACAACGACUCUGAGUUUGAGGAUGCAGACAUGAGAAAGGAGCUGCAAAGACUCAGAGAAAAACACACGAAGGAGAUCUCUGAGCUGCAAGCCUUCCAGAGGAACGAGAUUGAGCACCUGUAUAAGGAGCUGGGUAAAACUCUGCCCCCUGGUGUUGGCCUGCUGCAUGCGGCGCCCCCCAGUGGCCGUAGACGCAGGUCCAGCAAACACAAGCUAAAGACGGGCAAGCUGCUCAACCCCAUGGUGCAGCAGCUCAAAAAAAAACUCAACACCACCGCGGGUGAGAGGAAAGGUGAGAGUGCAGCCAGCUCGUCUGGUUCUCCAGCCAAAAGCUCUGUUCAGUCUGACGACUCAACCCGCUCCAGUGGCUCCAGCACGUCAGCUACCAUCCCAGCCCCAGAGCCGGUCCAGACCCAGCAGCCAUGCUCCCUCAAGGGCUCGCUCUCUUCAGACAACAUCUACACAGCACUCCACGGCGACAGCAUGACUACCAAUACAGGUCCCGGCCAAGGGUCCUCUCACAGUGCCAGUGCAGCUCAAACAGCUUCCAAUCCACUUCAGCCAUUAUCAGCUGCUGGGGCUGGCCCACCACAGUCCCCCCAACCAAUCUCUGGACUCGUUCAGGUUCAGACUAACAACAGCAACAACAAGAAAGGCAUGUUCACAGAUGACCUGCACAAGCUUGUAGAUGACUGGACAAAGGAGACACUUGCAGCAGCCAAUCAACCUCGGCCCUCUCUGAACCAGAUCAAGCAACAGCGACAUAAGCAAGACCUAGAGGGCAGAGCCAUGCCCCUAGGAAGAGCCUUUCAGGAGGUGAGAAGCCACAUUGCACCCAACAAGUUCCAGUUGCCCCUUUCCUGCCCGUUGACAGCUGCUUUAAGCCCCGUCAUGCCUGCUGCCACCCUGGGUGCCCACCAGUCUGCCAUGCUCCAGCCUGGGUACUUGGUGCCAGCUGGUUCCUAUGGAGGUGUAGUGACUGGGGCCCUGUACCCACAGCAGUGGUCUGGUAUGCCCAGUCAUGUGGGCUUGCUUGGAACUGCAGGAGUGCUACCACCCUAUCCUACCAUGGACAAUGCAGGGGUGCAGGCCUACCCCAUGACCUUGCAUAGCCCUGACAGCACCUUCCCCAACACCAGAACUACCUAAAUCGUAAAUCAUUACAAGCAGGAUAGUCCAGCUCUGAGUCUAUGGUCGGGGUACCAGAGGAACACUUGUACAUAGCCUGUGAGCUUGUAAAUAUCUUGUGAGAAUGUUGAUAUCCUUUACAUACAGCCCCUGUAGUUUCUUGUAUGUACUGUAGGUCUAUUUUGUGUGUGGAUGUAGUAUACAUGUUCAGUGAGUGUCUGAGUACCUUAUACUUUUGGCUCUGGUUUUGACACAGUCAUACUUGAUAUAAUAUCACCAUGAUGUCACCAUAUCCAUCAUUAUCAGAAAGCUGUCAUUGUGUUACAAUUUGAUUCACUGUAGAUUUGUUAACCUUUAACUCCAAAAUACAUCAGAUUCCAAACACACUGAUUUGAGACAACAGGGCAGUAUGUCAGGUGAAGUGCUCUGAAGGAAUGUAGUGCCUUGAACAUUGCUUUUUCUGUGAAACUAAGCAUGUCCACAUCAGAGUUGUUUAAUUCAGUGGUUUGAGUUCUGCUUUGUUUUUAAUGCAUUGCUGACACAUUCUCCCCCCCCCCCCCCCCAUUGGUUUACAUAUGAAUGCCCUUGUAGCACUGCACUAUUAACACAGUAUAUGCUCUUAUUUAAGUAAUAAAUCAUGCUAUUUUAAUCCAUGUUUACUCUCCACCCCUGUGACAGAACGCCAUAGAGGAGAGAAGUACAGUUGCCUUGUGGGAACCGUGUGUACAGUUGAAAAGACACAACAACAGAAAACAGCAGAACUCAUGAAGUUGUAUCCAAGUUCAUUUGUUUAGUUGGACAGUCUCAUUUGGACAUGAUUUGAUAAGACAAGAAGAGUGAGCAAUGUUAGGGGUUGGCUUUCAGUCGGAAAGCAGUAGUGCCCAGAGUAAUAUACAGUGUGCUAAAACAUACAUGACUGGUAGUUCAGGUCAGAAUGGUGGUCAAAGUAAGAAUGUAGCAAUGUAGAGGUAGAUAGAUUUGCUGAGUGAGACUGAAAGUGCAAUUUCACUCCCCAAAAAGCUUUCGUAAUGGCCUUGCCACAAGCCUUACCCAAGAAACCUGUGAUAGGAGCUAUAAUAGCUUUUGUUUGCAUUUAUUUUAACUGCAUUUUCAGAUUAACACUUUAUAACUGCAAAACAUGAUCCUUUUUGCUCAUCGCUGCUCUUAUUAAUCACAUUGGUGGUUUUGCUUUGUGUGCAAUAUGUUGUGUUUCUGAAGUAUUUUAGUUUUCUCAUGAAGCUUGGUUUUGAUGCUGCUAGUGGGCCUGAAGUGGUUGCCCUUAAGGCAUCCUACUUUGGCUAAAUGGAUUAAACUACAAACAUGGUACCUAAACACAACAAUUCCCCCCCCCCCCCCCCAGUAGGCUGCUCAUGUCAGUGAUAUUGCCUUGUUGAAUUUAUUGAAUUAUGUAUAAUUGACCAGGUUGCUACUGAUUAAGGCCUUGCUGUUUGAACUAUUUUUGCUGUUUGAGUGUUUGAUUUAAUUGUUCAGUAUGAAACACAAAUUCAGAUAGUUACUUGAUUGAGGAGAUUUGCACAACAACACAUGUUCUCCGCCAAUUUUAACCUGUGAAAAUGUGUUUACCAACACUUUGUACAUAGUCAGCUUGCCACCCUGACCAUUGAUGAUGAGCAUGGCAAACUGUUCAGAUUCGGACAUGCGCAGAGAUCAUGAUAACAGCCAGUCUGAAAUUUCCCAUUCCACCCAAACACUAUCAGAAGGUUGCAGCACCCCAAUUUUGCCAAGCUGUGAAUUGUACAGUUUUUCUGUAAUAUUUGUAAAUUGUGUUUGUUUUGACUGUAGAGGGAUUUUGCUUCAAUGUUUAUUAAUCCAUCAAUUCGGUUUGAAUUGGACUUUUAUAGGGCAUUAUGCAGAGUCCUCUGCUUUGGUGAAAUACUUCUAGUAGUAAGAGAUUUAUGUUCUCUGUUACUCGUCGUAUCUGGCAUUCACUGCUCCAACUCCCUGUCUGCUCACACUUAGUGAGCAGAUGAGGGGAGAACUCUAAACCAGUAUAUUCAUAUUGAUGCUAUGUUCAUGGAUGUAGACAUGCAAUGCAUAGUGCAGACAACAAAGAGAACCGUUUAUGGCCAUUACAUUUCUAUCCAGACAUUGCCUCUUUUGAAUAUGCUCUGAUUGUUAGUCAAACAUUAAAAGUGUGUGGGACUAGCUUCUGCCUGCUGUAUAUGUCCCAGUUCAUUACCAGACCCAACCCAGUCAGCUGCAUUCUAAUUGGAAAGACUGUACAUGUUUAAAGAAAUAAAUAAACAUUAUUUUGUGCUUA